CGCGUCACACCUGCUUUCUGCUCUAGUGCGCAUGCGCUGCUGCGUCCCGGAAGUGUUGGUGCCGCCGGAGGAGUGUUGGAUCGCCUCCAGUGACCCAGUGACCCGGGCGGAAGCUGACCACAUGUCCGGCUUCGACCUGGUCCCGGUGGACGGCGGGGCCCCGGUGCACCUGCCGCCGGGGGAGACGGUGCUGGGCAGGGGCCCCUUACUGGGAUCCCAGGUCAGUGAUCAGAGAGUGUCCAGACGUCACGGGCUGCUGCAGAACCUGAGCGGUCAGCUGCAGAUCAAACCUAUGCACGUGAACCCGUGCUUCAUUCAGUCGUCCCUCACUGACGACCCUCGACCUCUGAGAAGAGGUUCCUGGUUCCCUCUUCAGGACGGAGACUUGUUGUCUCUGCUGCCGGGGCAGUUCAUCUACAAGGUGCUGGCUGUGGGCGCAGGAGAGCACACUCCCAGAAACAGUCAGACGUUUGAAGAAGAAAAAAAAGAAGAGGAGGAACGUCCCACUUCUCCUGAGCCAGAUGUGGAGCCGCCUCGUCCAAUCAGACUCGGCCGUGGACAGACUCCGCCUCACGAGGAGCCAACGUCGGCAGCUCUGUCCAAUGAGGAGGAGGAGGAGGAGGAGGAGGGUCCCAGACGUUUACAUCAGGAAGACUUCACGCUUCCAAAGGAAGAGGAGGAUGAUCGCUGUGCUGUGCCUGUGAUGAAGAAGAGAGUUUUACCUGCGUGGAUGACGGCAGCUGUCGCUCCCAUUUCGUCCUCCAGUCCCAAAGUUCAGUCGUCCGUUAAGAGAAGUAAAGCACCCAAAUUGACCACGCCCACUGUAGCCCACUCACCGGAGGAGGCGGGGCUUAGUGAGGAGGGGGAGGAGCAUCCUAGGAAGAGGAGGAGGAAGGAUGUUGCCACAGUCCGUCAUCAGCGUGGCUCCAGCAGCACUGAGACCAGCGGCGAGUCUGACAGCGUCGCCAUGGAGGUGGGAGAGGAGGGAAAAGGAGGAGAGACAUCCACGGCGGUCACCACCGCCACGACACAGGCACCUGACGUCACUGAAUCCAAGGAGGAGGACAGGAAGUCGAAAGAAGAACAGGGGACUAAACGAUCCUCGUCUGUCUCUGCUCGGCUCAGAACGCCGUGUCCAUUCGGGAAGGACUGCUACAGGAAGAACCCCGUUCAUUUCCAGGAGUGCAGUCACCCCGGUGACAGUGACUUCGAGGAGGAGGAGGAGGAGAACGAGGAGGAGGUGGACCGACCCGAGUGCCCCUACGGCACAGACUGCUACAGGAAAAAUCCUCUUCACAGGAAAGAAUACAAACACACAAAGAGAGCAGCUCGAUCACAAACUGUCCCCAUGAAGAGCCCAGUCGAUGACGAAGAUGAAGACGAGUACGACGACAGCUUCAUCGACGACGACAGCGAAGACGUGGGCCAAGACUCAGACUACAUCCCUCCGGACUCGGAUGACAGCAGCAAAGAGGACGUCAGACUGCAGAAAGAAGCUCAGGUGUUUCUGAAGAGGAGGAAGUAGAACCCAACUUCCUCCAGUUUUUUUCUUUGUGUCAUUUUUCAGCCGUCAGACUAUUAAUGUGACGUCACGAUGUAACAACACGAGGAGGAACUGUUACUGACAGGAAGUGUUAGCGACGCUUUGUGUUCACCGCUGGUCGUCGAGUCAUGUGACUGAUGAGGACCAAUCAGGAAGAGAACGUGUCAUCGUUUACUAAAGUCUCAGUUUCUGUUCAGACUCAAACACAAACCCAAGAGUAAAAUAAAACAAGAUUAGUUUACAGUCUCUGAUUCAGAGGCUGGAAAACUCCACCAGGCGUAACCAUAGCAACAGUGACGAGUUUUAACACUUACAAGUAUCAGUGUGGACGGAGCCUGAGAUGAUCGUAACAUCAAAAAAUAAAUAAAUCAACUCUGAAACUGAAAAGAUGUUUCACAAAAAGUUUUUAUAGUGUGAUAGAGAACAGAAGAGACAACUACACGUCUUAAAGUCCAAUCGUCUUCAAAGACUGGGCUCGUGGAGCUGCUGAGAGAAAAGGUCUCUGAUCGAUCGUCCUCCUGGUUUAAUAAACGCUCGUCAGGAACAUGAGGCCGUCGGCACCUCGGUGUCGACUCCGCUGCCGCCUCUCGUCUGUUUGCUCACAUCGUCCCACAACAUUUCUGACUUCUUUCUUUCAAGUCGCGUCCUGUUGUCAACGUUUAAAACGAGCUGUACGCCGUGUCGUCAUGGCAACCGAAAGCAAAACAACUGGUUGUAAUGAUUCCGGUUGAAAGAGAGAAAACACACUCACACACAGGUCAUGUGGAAGGAACCAUUUGAAAUGGGACAGUCCAGUUACGCUGCUGUGAUGAACUGAAACACCCGAGGGAGAAGGUAAUCGAUUCCUCAGUGCAAUGAGUUCCGCUCUAGAGCACUAACAGAGUCCACACACUUCUGGCCACGUGUUGUAUGCAGGAGUCAUCCUGACUUUAGCAACCUGAGGUUCACCUACAGAGUUGACGUCAGGUUUCAUCAUGCAGCUCUGCUCUCACUGAAGACGAGUAUCAGUCCUUCAACUCUUUGAUUCUUAUUAUCAGCUGCUAAAGAAAGUUCAGGUGACUCGACCAAUCACGAGUUAGUCUCAGCUCUCAAUCAUAACGUAUCAGUGAUAUCUCUCAAUAUGUUAUUAUCAUUUGUUCAUUUCGGCUCCAGGGAACAGUUAACGUCAUCAGUUUAUACAUAAAUACACAUCAGGUGUUUCGAUCGUGAACAAAAUCGUUUUCUGUUGCUGGACAGAAAAAAUGGAGGCAAUUCAUUUAGUCUCCACGGUGGUUUAAUAUCAAGACACGUUUUUAUAUCAUCAAAUAACUGAUUCAAACCAAACUGAUCAGAAACACUUGAACAAACAUCUGUGGGAUAAGAACGACCUGAAAUGCAACGUCUAGUUAGAUCGUUUUGUUUGGUCCAUGUCCCAUCUGCUAACAUGGAGGAGUUUAUGAUCGAAGAUGAGUCUGAACUAUGGCGUCCAGAACUGAUCCUCAGAGCAAUGCACUCUGGGAGGUCUUUAUCUUGUACUUGAACUUUUUUAAAUAAAGCAGUUUUUUUCA